CAGGCCACUUCGAAAAGUCAGUUGCGUUCGGAUUGUAAUCGGAAUUGGUUGUGUGUUUUCACUCGUUGUUCGCGGCAUUAUUUCUCCUUCUCUAUUUCUUCUCUCGCGCGUCUUUUUCCACCUCUUUCCACUUCCCUUCCCGGGGCGGGGCGGGCGUAUUCACGCAGUUCCACUUGUCGAUCGAUCGAUUAAUUAACGACCGUGUGCGAUUACGCGCUGGCUGGUGCGUACGCGUGAUCGAUCCGGGAUCGUACCGUAAACAUCGUAGAACAAAUAAUUAGCCGCCUUGCAGCCCGGACAACCUUCACAAACGAACACUGCCAAAAAGUGGUCCCCUUGCCCAUGACACUGUAUGUGCGGCGUUACAUGCUUACACACGUACACCUCAGUUUCGUGCAAAAAAAAAACCCGUCAACCAGGUAGUGUCAUAGGUGGCGGCGAAUAGUAGCCCGAUCGGUAAAGGAAAAAAGCCUUGAAAGUGCGUUUUAUGUUUUUCUGUUGCAAACAAGACAAUAAUUUUCUCCAUUAUUAAUCCCGCCAUCAUCCCGCGUCACACACCAACCCGAAGCUAGUAACGUACGAUCACUAUCGGUAGUAGUAAGCAAAAAGAGUGAUCAUUACACAUUACUGUUGAUCGUCAACGGAUCGGCGUACGUCGGCGUUAAUAUAUAGUGAUUGUGUCAGAGCAACAUCAACUUGGGUGCACACCAAGUGAUAACGAGUGAUAACGAGAGUGUGGAGCAAAAGGAAUCAUUACUACACACAUCCGCCUACAAUCAAAAUCGGCGUGACCUUAGGUGAUUGUGUUUUGAUUCCGAACGUCUAUCUCUCUCUCUCGCUCUCGCUGGACUUUGUGCCCACCUGUAAGCACCCGUGCACAAAUUGGGUAGCAAACAGCAAAAGCGUUUCUGCACCGUCAACAGAAGUACAAAAUCAGGGAAAAUUGCAAGCAUGUAUCAUCAAUUUAUGGAGCUGCGUGUGGUGUGGUUCGUUGUCGUCAGCCUUUGGCUUGCCCGGUUGAGCCCCGUGCUGGCGUCAGGCUUCGGCAAAUGUCCAAAUUACCCUUCAAUGCCAAAGUUUAACAUGACAAAGUUUUUGGGCAAAUGGUACGAGGUGGAACGUUCCUUCUAUCUACCCGAGCUAGCCUCCGGCUGUACGACGCUGACCUUUGAAAAUACGACCCUACGGGAUGAAGCCGGACGGAGCCAGCUGGAAAUUUCAAUUAAAUCUGUCAAUCAAUGGACGGGAAAUCCAUCCAUCAGCAUCGGUGAAGCCAUCCCGGAGAGUGAAACGUCCUCCAUCAUGAACGUCCAGCUUCAGUCACGGCUGCCAACGGCGAUCGCACGGCUACUGCCUGGAUCUGGCCGAUAUCAAGUGCUCUACACCAACUAUGACAAUUUCGCCAUUCUCUGGUCGUGCACAAGCUUCGUGGCAGUUCACGCGGAUCAAAUCUGGCUGCUCGGUCGCGAACGGGACUAUUCGACGGACAUUAGGAAAAAGAUCUACAACGCACUGGAGCAGCUAAGUCUCGAUCCGGACCGUUUGUUCAUUGCGAAGAAUAAAAACUGCCCAGCGACACUUUAAGAUCGGAGUGGCUUUACGCAAGAGCCAGCGAACCACUAGCAAUACUUAUUCAUUAUUGAGGAUCUGUGAUAUUAUUAGCAAGACAUAUUCGGUGGAUGCUGGACUUAUAGAUGAAUCAAAAGUUGAAAAAGAAACCCUUGGGACACGCCAUACGCUUUUCGGAUACAUAACUACAGUUUGUUUGUUCUUCUAAAUAGUAAUAAAAACAAAAACGACAUCGUGUUAAAUUAAAACGCACUUGAAAACGUGGAUAUUAUUGUAUGCCGAGAGCUGCGCUUAAGAGUAGCGAAUAAUUGUUAGUAUUCUAUCGUGUUUCUGUAGUAAUAUUGCGCGAUUUUAUCAUGGUUACAAUAGGUAGUGAUCGGUUUUAAAAAGCUUUCAUUUCGUUUAUGACUGCGCCAGAAGGUAAACGGCAUUUUUUUCUUCUUCUAAAACAAAUUACAUUUAAAGCUGAAGUAGAGAGAUAUAGAGAGAGAGAGAAUGAAAGAAAAGCGAUAUUAAUGGCAUUGAGAUACGCCAUUAGUCUCGUACCGGAAGAGUUUUCCUCUAAUCAGUUAGGCUUCUUCUUAUUGCUUAGCUAGUGCUUAAGUACUGUUCUUAAUCGGUAAAGAAUAAAACUAGCAGAAAUGCA